GGCAACUUUGAGUGCGCGGUGCGCCGUGCGCCGGGCCAGUCCGCGCCCCCCGCGGAUCCUUUCCUGCAAAUUCCUCCCCCUCCGCCGGCCGCAGCCCGCCGCGCUGAAGGGCAGCCGAGCGCCCCGGCCGCCUCCCCCUGCCCCCGGGCCCGGCUCGCAGGCCUCUGCCGCAGACAUGGAGAAACUCAGCGCGCUGCAGGAGCAGAAGGGCGAGCUGCGCAAGCGGCUGUCCUACACCACGCACAAGCUCGAGAAGCUCGAGACCGAGUUCGACUCCACGCGCCACUACCUGGAGAUCGAGCUGCGGCGCGCGCAGGAGGAGCUCGAGAAGGUCACCGAGAAGCUGCGCAGGAUUCAGAGCAACUACAUGGCGCUGCAGAGGAUCAACCAGGAGCUGGAAGACAAGCUGUACCGCAUGGGCCAGCACUAUGAAGAAGAGAAGCGAGCGCUGAGCCACGAGAUCGUUGCCCUCAAUAGCCACCUGCUGGAGGCCAAGGUGACCAUCGACAAGCUGUCGGAGGACAAUGAGCUCUACAGGAAGGACUGCAAUCUAGCGGCGCAGCUCCUUCAGUGCAGCCAGACCUACGGCAGGGUCCAUAAGGUGUCCGAGCUGCCCUCUGACUUCCAGGAGCGCGUGAGCCUGCACAUGGAGAAGCACGGCUGCAGCCUGCCCUCCCCGCUCUGCCACCCGGCCUAUGCCGACAGCGUCCCCACCUGCGUCAUCGCCAAGGUGCUGGAGAAGCCCGACCCCAGCAGCCUGUCCUCGCGCCUGUCGGACGCCUCGGCCCGCGACCUGGCCUUUCGGGACGGGGUGGAGAAGCAGGGCCCGCGGCCCCCCUACAAGGGCGACAUCUACUGCAGCGACACGGCCCUCUACUGCCCCGAGGAGCGGCGGCGCUCCCGGCGGCCCAGCGUGGACGCGCCCGUGAGCGACGUGGGCUUCCUGCGGGCCCAGAACUCCACCGACAGCGCGGCCGAGGACGAGGAGGAGGCCGAGGCGGCCGCCUUCCCCGCGGGCUUCCGGCACGAGGCCUUCCCGGGCUACGCGGCCUCCCUGCCCACGUCCAGCUCCUACUCGAGCUUCAGCGCCACGUCGGAGGAGAAGGAGCACGCCCAGGCCAGCACGCUCACCGCGUCGCAGCAGGCCAUCUACCUGAACAGCCGCGACGAGCUCUUCGACCGCAAGCCGCCCGCCGCCGCCGCCGCCGCCGCCUACGAGGGCAGCCCGCGCUUCGCCAAGGCCGCGGCCGGCGUGGCGGCCCCGCUCGAGGCCGAGGUGGCGCCGGGCUUCGCGCGGACCGUGUCCCCGUACCCGGCCGAGCCCUUCCGCUUCCCCGCGUCCCCGGGCCCGCGGCAGGCCCUGAUGCCCCCAAACCUGUGGAGCCUGCGGGCCAAGCCGGGGUCGGCCCGGCUCCCCGGGGAGGACGCGCGCGGCCAGUGGCGGCCGCUGAGCGUGGAGGACGUGGGCGCCUACUCGUACCCGGCCCCCGCCGCGGGCCGCGCGUCGCCCUGCAGCUUCUCGGAACGCUACUACGGCAGCGGCGGCAGCAGCCCCGGCAAGAAGGCCGAGGGCCGCGCCAGCCCCCUCUACGCCAGCUACAAGGCCGACAGCUUCUCCGAGGGGGACGACCUCUCGCAGGGCCACCUGGCCGAGCCUCGCUUCCUCCGCGCCGGCGGCGACCUGAGCCUGAGCCCCGGCCGCGCGGCCGACCCGCUGCCCGGCUACGCGCCCAGCCAGGGGGACGCCGAGAGGCUCGGGGUGCAGCUGUGCGGGCCGGGCGGCAGCCCCGAGCCCGAGCACAGCCCCCACAGCUCCAGGGACUCCCUGGAGCCCAGCUCCAUGGAGGCGUCCCCGGAGAUGCACCCCGCCGCCCGCCUCAGCCCCCAGCCGGCCUUCCCGCGGACUGGUGGCUCGGGGCUCAGCCGCAAGGACAGCCUCACGAAAGCCCAGCUCUACGGAACCUUGCUCAACUGAACCGGCCACGGGGCCACCCCCGCCCCCCACGCCCGCCCCCCGCCCCCGCCCCGCGAGCCCGAGGAGGCCCCCCACGCCGUCUCGUCCACCCCAGGCCCCCCACGGUGGAACGUUUUUCACUCCCGACAUCCUUCCCCACCUGAGAUGAGCAUUCCCCCCUUUUAUAAAGUGAAACUAUUUUUAUAGAGAAAAAGGGUCUUUCUUAACGCACUUGGCCUCCAGCUCCCUGGACGGCCGCCUUGGCGUUUUCAACACAAAGCUCCUUUAUUUUUCGGGGGAGGACGAGUGGGGCCUGUCCCUGGGAGGGGAAGGACGGCGUCCCGUGGAGACACCCCAGUGAGCCGGUGACAAGGGAACCCGAAGCUCUGUCCACGAAGAGGGGAACUAGAACGGGUGGAGGGAUGUGACAUGUUUUUAAACUGUUCUCGCCGUGUGGCCGACACACCACCCCAGCUCUCCCGUGGUCCGUCGUCCCGAGUGGGGCCGGUGCUCGUCCCCCAGUGUCCCGCUCCCCGGCACCACCUCGCUCUACCUCACACGUAAUGAGGCCCUCUGACUCCCGGGUUCUGUGGCUUGCUUCCCCGUCGUCCGCGAUGCAUGCCCUGUCCCAGUUAGUACUGUACUUUCGUUCAUUAAUAAAAGACAUCGGUGGAAAGGACCUGGCUCUGGCUUGUUCCUUCCGACCGCGGGGACGUGCGGC